ACCUUUUUCACAAAACUAAAAAAAGAUAUUACAUUAAAAUGGGUGGACCUGCUGGCGGAAAGAAAUAUAUGGGAUGGUGGGGUCAUAUGGGUGGACCUACUCAAAGAGGUGUCGUUACUUACAUCUUGUCUCCUUUUGAGCAAAAGCCUUUUGCCGGCGCUGCUCACAACGCUGUCUUCAACACUGCUCGUCGUGUCACUUCUCAAAUUCCUUACGUUGGUGUUGCAUUCGGUCUCGGUUAUUUGCUUUACACUCAAAUCAGUGCCAAGCAUGCUUACCUUACAUCCAAGGCUGGCCAUGCCGCUGAAGGUGCUGCUCAUUAGAUUUAACGACCAAUAAUUCGACUCAAUAAAAAAAAACUCCUCAACAAAAACCAUCAAAAUUCGAAUGAAAUUGAGCUCAGUCUCUUAUUUCAACUCUGAUUCCCUAAUAGGGUUUGUGUAUCAAGCAUCUUUUUUAAAAAGAAGGGAAGGAGAGAUUUUCUGUUAAUAAAUGUUGAGUUUUAUUUUUUUGUAA